AUGGAUAUUUGUUUCGGUGUAGGGAGAUUCGGGCAUUUCCAAGCAUCAAUUGUUGACAUGAAGCUAUUCUAUCUCGCAAGGGUCUCUGCAGUACUUUGGUUCCUGACACCCAUAGUAGCACUCCUCAAUGGGACGGUUCUUUACUUUGAGACUCCAGCCAUAUAUCCGAUAUUUGAAACUAUUCACGGACCAUCCCAGUUCAACAUUACAGUCCGUAUUCGAGGGUUUGAAGAGACCCUUGCCUUUGUGGUGCAAGACAACCUUGAUAUCACAAAAGCAGACAGCCGCGCACAGUAUGUGGAUAUUGGUGGUAAUGUCAGGGACCUUAAGCCAUUGAUCGACUCGACAUACCAGAUAACCAAGGGCUCUGUAUGGGUCAAAUCCAACGCUCGCCAGUCAUGGGAAAGUGUUGGAUGGGCUCGAUUUGCUGUGUUUCAAGAUGAGGAGUCACCAUUAUUUGAGGGAACGUUCACAUUGAGUUCACAAGAGUAUCAGGUUCGUGUCCAGCCGUCUGAGGGUUCUGCGCAUAAGAACCAGCUUGUUGCGUAUCAGACCUCUGAUUCAGAAACCUCGAGCACCGAAUUUCCGAUGGGAGAUAUGCUCUGUACGUCAACGACGCAAUCUAUGCUUCAAAGACGUCAAUCCUGGGAUGAGAGCAGCUUGACAGACACCAUUGGUGACACCUCCGGCUGUCCAUCUACCAGACAAGUUGCACAUAUUGGCGUUGCUACCGACUGCUCGUAUACGGCCAAUUUUGAUUCAGCGGAGGCCGCGCAUCGGAAUAUUCUCAAUGUUGUCAACACUGCCUCGGUAGUUUUUGAAAACAGCUUCAAUAUUAUGCUUGGACUACGCAACCUAACCAUCAGCGACGCAUCUUGCCCCAACAAUCCAUCUGAUACCACAGCGUGGAACUCACCAUGCUCUCACGGUGACCUAAACUGGCGACUACGGCAAUUCUCCUCGUGGCGCGGCACUAUUGAUGAUAGCAACGCAUACUGGACGUUGUUAACCGGAUGCCCCAAUCCCCAGGGAGAAGUCGGCGUGUCCUGGGUGGGAGCGUUAUGCAAUACAGGCUCGUCGAACUCCUACUGGUCUCAGUCCGGUGUGGGGGCCAACAUUGUAGGACGUACUUCGACAGAGUGGCAGGUAUUUGCCCAUGAGUCGGCCCACACAUUUGGGGCUAUCCACGACUGUGAUUCCAGCGCGUGCACAAGCGGACUUGAUCGAAGCUCCGGAUGCUGCCCGUUGUCUGACUCCACAUGUGACGCCGGGGGCCAGUACAUCAUGAAUCCAGCCUCGCGAAUGGGAAUGACACGUUUCUCUCCUUGCACUAUUGGGAACGUUUGUUCUGGACUCCGCUCGGGCCGUAUCAACACACGUUGUCUUGUAGAUUCUGUUGGUCAAAGUGAAAAUGGCAACAACAGCAGCAGCUAUUGCGGAAACGGGAUUGUUGAAGCCGGGGAAGCGUGCGAUUGUGGCCAAAACGCCUGUAGCAGCAUCGACCGGCAGUGCUGUGAUUCCAUGACUUGCCAGUGGAUGGGAGGAGAGCAAUGUAGUCGGAAUGUGCCUGGUGGAGGCGGUGGUAAUGCGGGUAGGAGAACAGAGACUGCCGAUGCCGGGGACGUCUCGACGUGGGUGCAAAAUCACCUCCGGCUGGUCAUCGGUUUAUCUGCUGGAAUUGGUGGCGCAAUUGUGCUGGCGGUAGUAUUGGCCAUUAUAAUAUGCUGCUGGCGACGCCAUAAGUCUCGGGGCAAGCUAGAUGAGAGUAGCCUCCCAACUAGAGACCAGGGUUAA